UCUGUCAAAUUGAUUGCAAAAUUUUGUUAAGAAUUUACGUUGUAUUUUUUAAUUUGUGUGUAGUUUUAUGUGUCUUUUAUGUGAAAAUAUUUUGAUCUGACUUAAAUUUAAUAAAUAUAAUAUAAUAAUAUCAGAUAGGUUGUUCAAUUAUGAUUGUCAACUUCUGCAAUGUUUUCAGUUUAAUACUGAUAUUUAAUUAUUUUUUUAUUCAAGUAAGUUUUGCAAUAAAAACAGAAUAUGAUGAAGACGCGAAUGCUGUUAGUAAUGAGGAAUAUGAAGAAGAUGAAAAUGAGAAUGAAAGCACAAAGACAUCUUCAACAGAGAGUACUUUAGAGAGUACACAAGAAUCUGAAACUGAUUCACAAACUUCAAGUAGUAAAUCAGAUACUUCCGAUAAUAAUUCACAGGUAUCAGAUAAGAAAUCAAAGAAUCCAAACAAAAAGAAAGAUAUUUCUAUGGAUGACAAAGUGCAAAGAACAGAUUUGAAUUUAAAGAAAUUGGGAGAAAAAGUUGGGAUUGGUCAAAUAGAAUGUUAUACUUGCACUCAUGAGCUCUUAAAAAAACAAAUAGAAGAAGACGAUCAGACAAUCGCAUGUUACAAAAACGUUGAAAUUCCUACUGAAAUGUGUGGAGAGUCACAGUAUUGUUAUAUCGAACUCAAUCCCAACUAUAUAAAAAGAGGUUGCGCUAAUGGUACACCAGAUCAGGUGUUUGUUUGUGAUAGCGAUUACUGUAACGACAGACUGGCCAAUGACUCCACCUAUUUCACUUAUCCAAAACUGUCGGAUAUGGUAUAUGACAAUGCACUCAUGAACCAAAACGAUACUUUUUACCUGCUUCGGUGUAAAAGCUGUGAAACAGCACAUUUGACAAAAGAGCAGGACGCAUUUUGUAUCGAAGGAACAAACGCUUCGACUAUUGUAUGUAAUUACAAUAAUCUCUGUUAUACAAAAACCAAAGAUGGAGGAAAGUAUGUAAAAAGAGGUUGCGUUCAAAAACCAGCGUAUAAUUCAUUUUUUUCAUAUUGCGAGACCUCAAAAUGUAAUAAAGAUUCGUUCAGGAGACCAACAAUUUCAAGAUCGAAUAUGUUUAAAAAAGAUCAUACAUCUGUUGUUGCUGCAAACCCUAACUAUAAAACCAAAUCGACUCUAUCACUAGAAGAAUUUCAACAAUCAUUGAUAAAUGCCUUUAAUAAGGCUAUGCGGAAUUUUUCUUGCAAAAUUUUGUAUUUUUUAUUAUCCUUCUAUGUACUUAACAUCCUUUAUUAAUAUAUCUUUACUUUUAGAAUAAUUAAAUAAAUAAUUCUAUAAACGAA